AUGGACGACCCCAACGCGGAAGUCAAUGUAAACAAUGAUGAAAAUGUUGCCGAACUUGAAAAUGAACUUCAAACAUUGUACUUAAACUGCUUAGAAUCUCACAAAACAGCGGUUCAGAUAAAGUCAGCUGCAAAACCGUUUCUCCAGACACCUUCAACCAUGCCAGGAUCAAACGGCAAAAUAACUCUUCUCAAGUUUGUUGUUCUUCCAGUGGUGAUGAUUUUGCUUGGUGGGCUUCUUUCCAACCAAUCUUGCAACCAAUUUAUGAAGCAUUCCUUUAGGAGAACAAUCAUUCAUGUGCUGCCUUUUCUGGAUUGGACACAGCUGUACGAGACGAACUGUUUUGUCCCAAAUCCGUUAGCAGAGAGUUUUGAUAGGCCUCUUCUCAAUGAGGACUGCAAGAUUUGUUCGAAUGUCUCGGAAGUGACGGUACUAUUGGACACCUCAGAGGAAGAUAUAGCCAACCACUUUUCUGAAAGUGACAUGCCGUUGGUUAUACUCGGCCAAAAUCUUCAACCAACAGUUUCCAUGGAAACUCUGGCAGAGCUUUACUUAGACGAGGAAAACAUGAACAUUUACACGAGUUGUGAAUUUGCAAGCAGUCUUCCGAUUAAGGAAGUGAGAAACCAGAGAGGUCUUUUAUUGAAAGCACGUGCAAAACAAAUACACAACUUCUACGCAUCAUGGCAAAAUUGCUUCACUGAAGCUGCAAAGACAUUCCGGCAGCUGUACACGAAGCCAGAAUUCCUACCUUCCGCAUUAGAGCUCGACGCAUCAAACUGGGUGUUUAUAUGUGAACAGUACACGGAACGCAAACUUAUAAAGAUGCCUAUGUUGGAUCAAUUUAUGGUACUGCUUCAGUUGAACGGGGAACUAGAGUUAAUUUUUACACCGCGACAACCGUGUUUAAACAACUGUACUCAACUGACAACAACUUUGGAAAAGGGAGCAUCUUUGAUGGUGACCGACUUCUUGUACGACAUUGAGUAUGUAACUUGUCUUAGUGGAAGCAGCCUGACUGUCGGACUGGCCGGAAGAAUUGAUCUCUGACACGCGUCAUGUCCGCUGCGUUAUGCAGGUCUAGAGAACAUUUAAGCUCAGCAAUUGUAUCUCUUGAAUUUGAAUUGUUUGUGUAUAGCGGAAAUUUUAAUAUACAUGUAUAUGUUUACUUUCAAGCAAGAAUAAACCUUAUACACAUUU